CUAGGGUUUUGCCCACUCGCUCGCAGCCGCCUCCAUCUCCCACGUCCCGCUGCUUCGAGCGUCUCCUCGCUUUCAGAGAGCAUGGAUACUCAAGUUAAGCUUGCUGUCGUGGUUAAAGUGAUGGGCCGAACUGGAUCAAGAGGUCAGGUGACCCAGGUCAGGGUCAAGUUUUUGGAUGAUCAGAAUAGACUUAUCAUGCGGAAUGUGAAGGGCCCGGUUAGGGAAGGUGAUGUCCUUACCCUGCUUGAAUCCGAAAGGGAAGCUAGGAGGCUGCGCUGAUCUGGAUCAUGUCUACAUAGGAUGUUUCUAAUAUGUAGUAUCUUGAUGCCUUUGUCAUUUUUUCCUUUCAGUAUUAGUACUUGGUUUUGAAUUAUGCCUUUUGGAGUGUUCUAAAGUUUGUGUGACGUUGCUAAAAAGCUAGACAAAGUGCAGCAUGGUUAAUUUUGUUUCUUGUUUAGAACCUCUUCCAUUGUCAUAAUGUUUUAGAUUUUUCUCUAUUUUUUUUUUUGAAGUUUUCUGAAGUCCUCAAAUAUGCUGGUUUCCUAUUUGGAUACCUCAAUUUAUGAGUCUUUCUGGAGG